AUUAGCUUAACCCACCUACACACAAUAGGAUCAUGCCGAUAUACUCAUCCGAUUCCGACGACCACCCCCGGCCUUCGCAGAAGCCAUUAGGCCAUCAAAGGCCUCUACAUGACAUCCUCGGCGGGGGGAAACUCGCUGACGUGCUAUUGUGGAAGAAUAAGAAGCUGUCGCUAGGGAUCUUGAUCGGGGUCACGGCUAUAUGGUUUCUCUUCGAAGUCGCGGAGUACCAUUUCGUCACCCUCCUCUGUCACCUUAUCUUGGCAGCGAUGAUCAUCAUUUUCAUUUGGUCUAACUUGGCCGAUUUAAUUCAGAGGGACCCUCCCAAUGUAUACAGCUUUCAGCUGUCUGAGGCCGGGUGUCGAUAUCUUCAUCGAAAAAUUGACAAAUUACUCUCGAUGAUUUACUACGUUUCAAGUGGUAAUGAUUGGAGGCUACUUUUCGGGGCAAUCGCAUUCCUAUGGAUGCUGUCCGUCCUUGGCAACUACGUAAGCUCAUGGAAUUUGCUAUAUUUUGCUUUUGUUUGCAUCGAGACUCUACCUGCUUUAUACGAGAGAUACGAGAACCAAGUGGAUCAUCUUGCUGGCAAAAGCAGGAGAGGCGCGAAGAAACUGUACAAGAAAUUUGAUUCCGAAGUCCUCGACAAAAUUCCUAGGGGACCUAGAUUGGAAUGAAAAACGGCACCGAAAGAUCAAUUUGCGGGAAAAUUAUCUUUCGAAAUUCCGUCUAUAAAGAUAUAUGUACAUAUGACUUUCUAUCAUGAUG